AUGGUGAAGGUGAAGAAGGAGGGACCUUGCUGCCAUUGCCGGGUCAUGAGCAGUCCUCUCUGGCGACACGGGCCGCCGGAGAAGCCGGUGCUCUGCAAUGCGUGUGGGACGAGAUGGAGGAAAAAGGGUACACUGGAGAACUACACACCAGCACCACAAGUGCAAAGGAAACAAACCGUUCGCAGAACAGUGAAGAAAGAACCAUCUUCUGAUAACAACUUGGGGAAGACAGGGGAUGCUGCUGACACUUUUAGCAAUCCAUCUGGUUUCGGAUCAGCGCUAUCCUAUUCAGGUUCAGCGCAAUCACAUGCUCGGGAGCCACUGGUACCAUCAAGAAAAAAGAGUUGUGUCGGUCGUCGUCGUAAGCCGUCAACGGUGGAAGCGCUUGCGGAGGAUCUCAACUCCAUAAUGCACGAAGAGCAGUUAUGUUCUGGUUCAGGGCUUGGUACCAUUCCAGGAUCCUCAGACGAAGACCUACUGAUUUAUCAUAGCGAGACUCCCGCUAGCUGCUUUGAGAUUGGUUAUGGAAGCAUGCUUCUUAGACAUCCAAACUCAGAAUCAGAAGCAAAUUCUGUUCCUGCACAUAACAAGAAAGUAGGAGGAAGAGGAAACGCCGGUGGUGCUUUCAGAGGCCUUACCAAGUCCACUAUGAGGUCUCUCAAAAGACUAUAUGAAAGCCAGCCUCAAAUCUUCACAGAAGUGAGAGGAGGAACCAUGCACAAGCCUUCUUUUCAGUUCAGAAUGCCGAAAUCUGGUAAUGCUACUGGAGGAGUAGCUGCAGCAGCAUUUAACCUGUUCAUGUUACCCCCAGACAAAUUAUCAUCCAUGCUGGUCCCUCCUGAAAAGGGUGGUGAUCAAGACUCGCUGCUGCUGGAGGUUCCUCGCAAUGCGCUGCACCCGGAGGCAGAGCUUCUUCUCAGCUGCCCCCCAUCAUGCCGAUAA